CGGAAACAAACGUCGGGGCCAUAUCGCUUGAUUCCCUACGGCAGGAACAGCACAUUUGUUGGCCGAAAAAAUCUCCUCGAAUCGUUAAAGAGAGUUACCGACAGUGCUUCGCACAACAGGAUCGCACUAUAUGGGUUAGGCGGCUCCGGGUAUGUGUCGAUUAUCUCUGCAUAUGUAGGAUAAACUAACGUUGCUUAGAAAAACUCAGAUUGCGCUUGAAUACGUUUAUCGGUGCAUCAGCGAGAGCGGCUGGCAUGUUUUCUGGGUGCAUGGGAGUGGGCUUUUAAAAUUCUGCGAGGACUUUAGGCGUAUUGCAGACCAUGUCCGAAUUCCUCUAGCCAGCGCUGCAACGGACCAAGAAGGAUUCCUAUUGAAUAUUAGGAAGUGGUUAGAAGGCUCGGAUAGUGGCGACUGGAUCCUGGUUAUUGACAAUGCUGACAAUGACGACGACUUUGCCGGAAACGGUAGCCCCAUCUCCAAGUUUAUCCCACAAGGCACUAAAGGGACUGUUAUGUUCACGACUAGAUCUGGCGUAGUUGCAUCUAGGCAGGGCUGUAAAACAAUGGAGGUUGGAAAAAUGGGGGAGGACGAUGCACUUGAAUUGUUUUCAAAACGCUUCGGUAGAAGGGACGGUUUGGAAGGUGAAGAAAAUCGGGCCAUUGCAAUGAUCCUAGCAUCAGUGCACCACCUGCCGCUGGCUAUUGUAGGCGCGGCAGCCUUCAUGAUUGAGACCAAGACGCCGCCAUCAGCUUAUUGGGCUAUUCUCCAGGAGAGCGACGAUCGAGCAAAGAAACUGCUGUCGCAGCAGUUUUGCGACAUCCGCCGAGAGUCGAAUGUGGCCGAAAGUAUCCUGAGCACAUACUUUGUGACCUUCGACCGCAUCGCACAACAGAUGCCCGUAGCGGCACGUCUU